AUGACUGAGAGCUUCCUGAACUUUGGCGUUCAACCAACUCAGGAGGAAAUUUCAAGCAUGUCAUCUACCACAUUGGCUGUUGGAGACACAGAUGGGGCGUCCGACGCACCAUCUCGAAUGGAUGGUUGGCAGGUUGUGUGGAGCAAGGAGCAUGGCAGGAAUUACUAUUGGCAUGUGGCUUCGGGACGGACUGCGUGGGAGCGGCCUUCCGAGUUGGAUGACAAAGGCUUGCUGCGGCUGCAGAACCUAUUAAAAGCUUGGCGGGGCAUCCUUCAUGGGGCAGAAGUGGGCCAGGAAAUCCAGGACGUGAAUGCGCUGCAUACAAUCAAGGACUUGUUGGCUCAUCAUCCAGAUGCCACAAGCAAAGUCGGCGUGGGCUUGCGAAGCGUGAAGGUCGACAUGGCCCCUCCACCAAAUCAAAAGCACCGGUGCUUUUGGGUGAUCCGACUGGAUGGCUCGCAGGAAGAUUUCUCGGCAAGGAAGUGCUGCAGCGUGAUCCGUGGCAAGUUGAAAGAAAGAGAACAAGUUUCAUAG